CUUGUUGUUGUCCGAGCCUUUCCUUGUCCUGUGGUCUCGUCGUUACUCGUCGUGGUUCGUGGUUCAUCCAAAACCAAAGAAGAUCUUCUGUCUCUAUUUCGCUCUUAAAGAACCACCUUCAAAAUGGCCAAUAGGCGGUCUUUGAGAAUCAUGAAGGACCUGUCCGACUUCGAGGGGAAGACUGUCGGCAUCAAUUUACUAGAACAUGACGACGAAACCAUGUCGAUGAUUCUGGUCUGCUUCGAAGGGGUGGCGGACACCCCUUUUCAAGGGGGCACCUUCUUCGUGGAGCUACAUCUACCCCCUGAAUUCCCCUGGAAAGGCCCUCAGGUCGUUCUACGCACUCCUGUCUGGCACCCCAACGUGUCGCGUGAUGAGGGAAACGUUUGCAUGGACAUACUAAGUUCCAAAUGGAAGGCAGGAACAUCUCUAUUGGAAUGCGUGGAGGCAGUCCGUUCCUUGUUAAACGACCCUAAUCCUGAUUCACCACUAAACAGCUACGCUGCUGACUUAUUGCGUGAGCAUCCGCAGACAUAUCAGUUGAAUGCGGCUUUGUGGAGCCGUGUCUAUGCUGGUGGCAACCAACCUGCGGAAGAACUGCAAGAGAAAUUAAACUUUCUCCUGUCCAAAAAUAUUUCUAAGAAGCGAGCUCUCAUUGAGGGGGCCUUUUAUGCCUGGGAUAUCUCCAGAAUAAAGUCAAGAGAGUUUACUACUCUUCUUGUCUCCUAA